AUGUAUGCAUGCAGUAGGAUUCGACCACAAUUUAGCCGACAGAUACGCCAUUAUGCUCACACUACCGCCUCAUCUUCCAUAAAACAAGAUACAGAGACGACUAAUCGAGAGUCUGAGACUGGGCAAUCGCCUUGUCCAGACUCCGAAGAUGAAAGAAGUCGGCAUGCAUUUCUGGCGGGUAUCUGUUCUCCAGAGCCGCGAGCUCUAGGAAAUGUAUAUGCGCAAUGGAGCCCCAAUAUCCACAGGCUCCAUGGCCUACUCCAGGAGCACUUGCACACGCCAUACCCAAGGGAAUUGGUUCCUCCAGGCUAUCAUCAAGUCUCCCACAAGAAGGUUUCUCGACAAUGGCUCCUCGAUGAAGAUGGCGCAGAACUCAAGCACGCCCCUGGCCCGGAAUAUAAAUUCCGCGUCUGGUCAGGAGGAACCAUGCAAUUUAGUAGGCCAUUCAUCCCGUGGAGGUUGACAGAGCUGUUAGCCUCAGAACGAUUCGAAUCGUGUAAAAAGUACCCAUUUGGAGCUCGGGUCAGCAUUGUCCAGGAUUUUGAAAUUCCAAGAGGCGUGCAUGAGCUUCCUCCCGCCUUCGAGCCUGGACAUGACACGGUAGGACCUAUUAUCAGGGAGCAUAAAAGACUUGCUUUCUUCACCGAAAUCCCACCAAGUCUGAAGACAAAGGACAACAUGGUUGGGGCAACUGCACGUCCAGUCCCUCCUGGUUCACUUGCAAGAGAGGUCGUUCUACCUACUCCGGCGAUGUUGUUCUAUUUCAGUGCUCUUACCCUCAACGCCCAUGCCAUCCAUUUGGAUAGGGAGUUCACCAAGUCCGUCUAUGGAAUCCCGGAUCUUCUUGUCCAUGGCCCAUUGACUUCUCUGCUGAUGCUAGAGUUGUUACGCAAGAAGUUUUCCAGACUGGGUAUUGAACGCGAGUCCGACUAUUUCAUCAAGCACUUCAAGUACAACAACCACAGACCUCUUUGGGUCAAUGAGGAAAUUACGAUCGGGUGCAAGAAGAUAGGUGGCGAAAGUCACAGUUCUGGAACACAGUUCCCACUCAGUGACCGCGAACUCCAGACAAAUUCCAGACGUGAAGUGUGGUACGUGUGGAUAUCCAAGGGCACAGGCGACAAAGAAACUAUCGCUGUCGACGGGAUUGCUAUUGUUUCAAAGACACCGCACAGUGAAAGCCCGUUGCAGAAGUGGCGGUCCACGCGCGGAGAGGGCAAGAACUUUGAGACCCGACAACACGUCCAAGAUACUCAUCCAAGGAACGGCAUCAUCACAAAGGAAGCGGAAGUCACAUCGCCCAUUAGCCCAUCAAGGAACUCUGAUGCAAGCGAUCCAGUCAGUAGUGAUUCUGAGAAUGAACCCCAUCCAAAAAUCCGAGACCUUGAGAUCCCGAGCCCUUCGGAAAAUCCCCUGGAAUCCACAACUUCAACAGUAGAGGGCGAACCUCUUCAAAAAACACAAAUUCCACCUCCGGUGAGCGAGACAUUCAACUCCGCACCCAUGUCCCCCUCAAAAGAGGAAGUCACCAAGACCGAUUCCCCACCAGUAAUCUCUCACGAAGUACGCAUCCACCGCAUGCUUACAAGACCCAGAGAGAAAUUCAAAUCUAAAUCCGAUCCCGGGUCCCAAUCCCAAACACCCUCAUCAUCCAAUGCGGGACGCUUUCGAAUUCGACACAUCGCCGCCGAGCGCUCGGAGAGAGCCAGUCCUGCACCGGAACCCGCUCUGAACGAAGAUGGUUCCUCAGUGUUAAACAUCAGAUACGUGGACGGAGUGACAGAAUCGCCGUACGAGCCUCGGGCUGUGGUGCAGAGGGUGGCCGGCGCCGGAGCGCCGCCUUCUUCCGAGGGCGAGGCGAAACAAUAA